CUCAUUGUCCACCACCAAUACCGAUCGCAUUGUCGCCCACAACAACCGAACUCAUCAAUUCAAUCUACGCGAUCACGGCUGCGGCCUCAAAACACCCAUCAUGACCUGGUUCCGGAAGCUAGGCGAUUUGUCGCAUUUGGCUUCCAUCUUCAUUCUGCUUGCGAAGAUGAAGUCCACGAGCAGCGCAUCCGGGAUAUCCUUCAAAUCACAAUUCGCAUACCUUGUGGUAUACAUAACCAGAUAUCUCGACCUGCUAUGGACCGACCCCACGAAAUCCCUCUGGAACACAUUCUUCAAGAUCGUCUUCAUCGCCGCACAGAUCUACACCGUCUACCUCAUGCUCAACGACUACAAACCGACCCACGAUCCGAAUCAAGAUACCUUCAAAGUGGAAUACCUGAUUGGAGGAGCGGCGGUGCUGGGUAUACUAUUUCCAUACAAAUACACUCCCGCUGAGAUGUUAUGGGCUUUCUCCCUCUGGCUCGAAGCCGUUGCGAUCCUACCACAGCUAUUCAUGCUGCAACGAACCGGUGAAGCCGAGACGAUCACUACCCACUACCUGUUCGCGUUGGGCAUCUACCGAGCACUCUACAUUCCCAACUGGAUCUGGCGGUACUUCGCCGAGAAUGGCUUCUGGGAUCCGAUCCCCGUGAUCGCCGGUAUCAUUCAGACAGUGCUCUACUCGGACUUCUUCUGGAUUUACUAUACCAAGGUUCUGCAGGGCAAGAAGUUCAACCUUCCCGUAUAGAAUACCAGGACGGCGGUCUCCCGCGGAAAGUGCAGUUGUACUCUUCCAGGCAUUCAAGCGCUCUGGUGGCACACAAAGUGUGUUUGCAUAGAGAAACGCUAUAGGCAGACUUGGAGACGAACUCGGGCGUUGAAGCUGGAGGCACGGAUGAUCACGGCGGCUACGUGAACUCAUGCGAUACACGGGAAAAGCGGACGAAUGAAACGAUAGACUAUU